AUGAAACCCAGCUUCUAUUCGUUCCUGGCGGUAGUGACGGCCCUGCCUGCCUAUGGUGGCGCAGCACGGUAUCGGCCCCGAGUCCUCGACUGGGAAUCGACCGUUGGUCAUGAUGACCACGGCCUGGAGGCUCGUGGACCCAUGCCCAGCACCAACAGCAUGACAUAUGCCACCUGUACUUCCCAUCACAGCAAACUGGAAGACAUCCCAGCCAACGUCCCCGCUCCUUGCGGCCCGCUCUACACCCUCGACACCCUCGCCAGCCUGCUCAACCACAGCCUGCACACCUUCGAGACGCACGUCUCUCCGCGCCUGCGCGCCGUAGCCACGAGGCUGGCCCAGGACCACACCAACGCCGCCAUCCGCGCCUUCUACACCGCCCACGGCCCCGACUACUUCACCUGUGUCGUCCUCGAGGCCGAGACGUGCUGCGGCACGUGCCAGCGCCAGUUCGGCGCGGCGGCUCCGGACUGCCGCUACUGCGACGCCGCGCUGUGCCCGGGCGGGCUGCGGUACGCCAACGUCUCGGAGCCGUGCCCGCCCGACUACUCGCUCCGGGGCAACCACGCGGGCAACUACGACUGGGACACGGUGUACUGGACGCUGAGCGCGGGAGAGAAGGCGGACGCGUUCUACGCGGAUCUGGAGCGGGCGACGGGGGUGCGGAGGGGGGAGACGGUGGUCGGGGCUUUGGAUCACCGGCCUGAUAAGGGGGGCUGUCGUGCGGGAGGGGGCAAUGAGGAUUGUUAUACGCGGGGAUGGGACUUUGGUGUUCCUGUUCUUAAGGGGGUGGGGAAGAGGGAGGAGGAGAUGGUUGGGGAUGUGGUGGGUAGGGUUGAGGGAGUUGUGAGCAGGGCGCGGGGGAUGAGUGCAACGAUGACCGAUAGUCUGUCGGACUUGCGAGCUGGAGGGGAUGGUGGUGAGAAAGACUGGCUCGGCGAGAUGGUAGAUGCAGUCUCGCUGCCGGUUAAGAUGGUGGUACGUAUCAUCGAGUUUCUUGAAGAGGUGAUACAGGUCCUGGAGCAGGCCGACCAUGUGGACUUCGAAGAGGCGAUUCGCAAACUGGUCACUGCGUUGAUGUUACAGAUACCGCCUCAUAUCAAGGAAGAGCUGGAGACUAUCAUCGCUCAGAUCGACAAGGAAGAGUGGCUCGACAUCUUUGACAUCAUCAACCAGAUCGUCACUGCGAUUCUACCUGCUCUCGAGGAAGGGCUGUCUCUCGAUACGACGCCUGGAUCAGAUGGGGGCUUUGUUUGA